ACUUGUUGUUCUUAUAUUCAUUAAUUUAAACUUUUCAUAUUCAUAUAAUGUAAAUACAUUUUGUUUUAAUAUCAUGACUAAAAAAUCAAAAAAAUUAACUUCUAAAGAUGAAUCUCAAUUGAGAAAAGAUUUAAAAAAAGAAUUUCUUCAUUUUUGUCAAACUACUACUAUACGUGGAGUAACAAGAGUUGUGACCGCUAGAAAUAAAACAUUACAAAUUUUAUGGAUUGCAUCAGUGAUUUUAUUUUUUGGUGGUUUAUUUGUUUGUAUGUUUAUAUUAACACGACAAUAUUUGGAGUAUAAUGUAAUUCAUCCACCACAAGUAUUACGUGAUACACCAUCACCAUUUCCAUCAUUAACAUUAUGUAAUCUAAGACCAUUAUCUUCUGAAGCUAAUUCUAUAUUGAAUAAAUAUAAUUUAAAAUCACCUAGACAAUUUGCUAUAGAUGUGAAUAAUUUUGCAGCUAAAGCUUAUUAUUUCAGUAAUGAUAUACAUUCAUAUCAACAAGUUACUAGUGCUGUAUCAAUGGGUGGAUAUUUAGAAAGUUUACCUCAAAUUGUUGUACCAAAACUUGGACAUAAUUUAAGUCAUACAGUAAUUCAUUGUAUGGUGAUUCAUGCCGAAGGUAGUAAACGUGUUAUGAAUGAAUGUAUACAAGUUGGAAGAUGGCGUCGUUUUGUUCAUGCACAAUAUUUAAAUUGUUAUACAUAUGAUAUACAUGAAAUCUAUCGUAAUCAUGUACGUACCAUUGAAUUAUUUGUUUAUUUAGAUGAAUCAAUGAAUAUUACUUCAUGUUCUGAUUGUUUUAGUUCAGAAAUUAAAUCACAAUUAAGUGGAGCUGUAGUUACUGUACAUAAUGCAGAAACGUAUCCAGAUAUAAAUCAAGAAGGAAUAAAUAUUCAACCGGGUAGUUUAACGGAGAUAAAAGUUAAAACUAUCAAACAUACACAAAAAACACCGCCGUAUGGACGUUGUUCACCUGAUACUCCAACGAAAAUUCAUCUUUACGGUUCAGAAGUAUAUGCAUACUCAGAACAUGCAUGUCGAAUGAGUACUAUACAAGCUAAAAUCAAUUCACUGUGUGGAUGUAAUGCUAUAGAAUUCCCAUACAUAAAUGAAAGUCUACCAUUUUGUCUUGAAAUGAGUUCAUUUGUUAAAAUAGGAAAUUGUGAUAUUCAACAUCCAAUCGUACGAAAUUACACUAUUAAUAAUUCUCCUACUACUUCUAAUCAAAAUCAUACUCUAUUGAAAGCUGACAAAUUAUUUUCGGUUAAUCAAAAUCAAGAAGCAAAAACACAUGAAAUCCCAUUUAAUUUUGAAUGUUUAUCUGAAUUAGAAGCUGUGAAAAAUCGUGUACUAUGUAAAUCAGAGGUCACUAAACACUAUCAGGGUGAUGUGGUACUAUCUUGCACACUUCCAUGUGCUUUCUUCGCUUAUGAAACAGACAGAUCAACAUCGACUUGGCCAACGAAAUCAUGGCAGUUAAGUUGGCUAUCAACAAGAGCUGGAAAAAAGGUGGCCAACAGACCCGAUUUAGUCGGAUAUCGGUUGGCGAAAGAAAGGUUAGAUGUAUCUGAGGGUGAGAAAGAAGCACAAGAAUUCCUUGCAAAAAGCAACGUUUUAGAAAGGAAUUUACUAGCAAUCAUGCUUAUCCGACCAAAUUUUAACGUCCAUAAGGUAGAUGAAAAAGAAGUCCUCUCUCUCACAAGUCUCUUAUCUCAGUCUGGUGGUUUAUUCUCUAUUUGGAUUGGACUUAACAUGAUGUCAGUUAUAGAAGUGGUAGAACUGAUUUUUCAUCUUAUUACAAAAUGUAGACAAUUUUCAAAGCGAAAACGACUUCGCCGAACUCAAAAAAAGCAGACUACAUGCGACACACUGAAACCACUAACCAAUGCAAAUAGUGAGACAGAAAUGGUACAGGAUCAGAUAACAAACCGAGGAAUCGGAAAACAAACUGAGAAGUAUAGAAAAGAUGACAUGACCAUAAACAAUGGUCCAAUACAAAUACACACCAGAAAACGAUCUCCAAGCGCCCCCAAUCAGAUGGUAUCUGGAAAUAUAUCAUUAUAUUUACCACAAAUUUGACACUCACAACUGUUCACGAUCAAUCUAAACCUGUGUUGAUUUUUUAAAAUUCUAAUAUAACAUUUCAUCCAGUUUGAAAA